CUUGCACAGAAUUACUAGUUGACUAUUACCUGCUGUGUUUCCCCUAUUUAAAUAUACUCCUCUCUCGUCCUCCUUUUCCAUCUUUCAUAUCUCUCACUUGAGCUUCUCCUAAUUCUCUUCCUUUUGCUCUCAUAUCUCUUUUACACUGUCCAAAAGAAAAUGAGCAGCAUAAGCAUGGUAGAGGCAAAGUUGCCUCCUGGGUUCAGGUUUCAUCCCAGAGAUGAAGAACUUGUGUGUGAUUACUUAAUGAAGAAGGUGACUCACUGUGACUCCUCUCUGAUGAUUGAUGUUGAUCUUAACAAAUGCGAACCAUGGGACAUCCCUGAGGCAGCAUGUGUAGGUGGGAAGGAGUGGUAUUUCUACACACAGCGAGACCGCAAGUAUGCCACAGGCCUACGCACCAAUCGUGCCACUGCCUCAGGCUAUUGGAAGGCCACGGGGAAGGACAGGCCUAUCCUUCGCAAGGGCACCCUUGUUGGCAUGAGGAAGACUUUGGUGUUCUAUCAAGGAAGGGCACCCAAAGGGAGAAAGACCGAAUGGGUCAUGCAUGAGUUUCGCCUUGAAGGUCCCCUUGGCCCCCCUAAACUUUCUUCAGCCAAGGAGGACUGGGUUCUGUGCAGGGCGUUCCUCAAGGACAGAGAACCUUCAGCGAAACAGAGCAUGGGAAGCUACUACGACGAGACAGGCUCUUCAUCUCUACCUGCAUUAAUGGAUUCUUACAUUAGUUUCGAACAACAGGCUCGAGCUCAAACUCAUCAAGACGAUUACGAGCAAGUGCCCUGCUUCUCCAUAUUCUCGCAAAUCCAAACAAACCCUAGCUUCAACCACACAAGCAGUACGAGCAUUAUAGAUCCAAAUUUGUUGGUACCUGUCAAGAACCACAAUGUGACGACCACAUACGGCGGAGGAACGACGCCGUAUGAUCUGGAUUCUUCUUGCUUGGACCCUAAUUUGAAUUUGGCUGGUGAUAGUAGAAAGGUAUUGAAAGCUUUUGUGGAUCAGCUCACCAUGAUUGAGAGAAAUCAACAAAACCAAAUUAGUACUCUCAAAGGUUCACCGAGCUUAGGGGAAGCAAGUCCUGAGAGUUUCUUAUCUGAUGUGUGUAUGCCCAGCUUAUGGAACAAUUUCUGAUUCACACACUCAAUUUGGCAUUAAAAUUGAAAUUGAAAUA